CGCUGUCCUGCGCAUGCUCCAACAGUGGCCGGAGAGGAGCGAGCGAGCGCGCGCGGCCGGGCGUGCACUGCGCAGGCUCGGCACACAAUGGCGGAGCUGGGCAAGAAGUACUGCGUCUACUGCCUGGCCGACGUGACCAGCCUCCGGCUCCGCUGCACCGAGUGCCAGGACAUCGAGCUGUGCCCCGAGUGCUUCUCGGCGGGCGCCGAGAUCGGCAACCACCGGCGCUGGCACGGCUACCAGCUGGUGGACGGCGGCAGGUUCACGCUGUGGGGGCCCGAGGCCGAGGGCGGCUGGACGAGCCGUGAGGAGCAGCUGCUGCUCGACGCCAUCGAGCAGUACGGGUUCGGCAACUGGGAGGACAUGGCCGCGCACGUGGGGGCGCGCGCGCCGCCGGAAGUGAUGGAGCACUACGUCAGCAUGUACAUCCACGGUAACCUGGGGCGCGCGUGCAUCCCGGACUCCAUCCCCAACCGCGUGACCGACCACACGUGCCCGAGCGGCGCGCCCCUGUCGCCCAGCCUGACCACGCCGCUGCCGCCGCUCGACAUCAGCGCGGCCGAGCAGCAGCAGCUGGGCUACAUGCCGCUGCGCGACGACUACGAGAUCGAGUACCUGCAGGACGCCGAGACGCUCAUCAGCGGCCUGGCGCUGAACUACGACGACGAGGAGGUGGACAUCGAGCUGAAGCGCGCGCACGUGGACAUGUACGUGCGGCAGCUGCGCGAGCGGCAGCGGCGCAAGAACAUGGCGCGCGACUACAGCCUGGUGCCCGCCUUCCUGGGCCGCGAGCGGAAGGAGCGCGCGCCGCGGCGCAAGGUGACCAAGGAGGAGCGCGAGCUGCGCGCCAAGCUGCGGCCCAUCUGCCAGUUCCUGUCGGCGCGCGAGUUCGACGACUGCUUCGACAACCUGCACAAGGAGCGCGCGCUGCGCGCCAAGAUCCGCGAGCUCCAGCGCUACCGGCGCAACGGCAUCGCCAAGACCGAGGAGUCGGCCGAGUACGAGGCGGCGCGGCACAAGCGGGAGCGGCGCAAGGAGCUGCGGGGCAACGGUGGCGGCGGCCUAGGAGGAGGAGGCGGAGGAGGAGGCGGGGGAGGCGGUGGCGGUCUGGGAGGGGGCGGUGGGGUGGCGGCCAACGCCGCCACCAACGCCGCCAACUCCGCCUCGGCCAAGCGCCCCAAGGACGAAGCGGGCAGGGAGGCGGCGGUGGCGGCGGCCGCCGAGUUCAGCAGCGCCAUGGAGAACCUGGCCGGCUUCGACCUGCUGUCCGAGCGGGAGAAGGUGCUGUGCGGCUCGCUGAACCUGAGCCCUGGCCGCUACCUCACUGUCAAGACCAUUAUCAUCAAGGACUACCUGCAGAAGAGGCAGGGCAUCCCUUCCAAGAGCCGCCUGCCCAGCUACCUAGACAAGGUCUUGAAGAAGAGGAUAUUGAAUUUCUUAACGGAAAGCGGAUGGAUUGCCCGGGACACUUCUUGAUGCAAAAAUAACUUGUCUGCAGAUGUUUCUAAAUUUGGAUUAAUGUGCAACUGCCAGUCCCUCACAGGGAGACAGCACCAGGUUUCCGUGCAGUGGAAUUGAACCGCACUGAUGUUUUUAAUCUCGUAGGGAAAAUAAAUAUCGAAUAAACAAUUACAGACACUAUAGUCAUGAAAGCUCUUGCCCUGAAUAACAGGCGAAGAUGACUGGGUGCUGGCUUCGAACUGUGAACCUCAAGUUGUUCAGUCACUAAGCUAAGGAAUUUAAAACGGUGUAAUCUUAAAUAGAUUGAUUUUCUAUUUAUUAAUAGACCAGAGCAGAAACUUAAUGAUCUCCAGUCAGAUUCUUCAGACGUUUUUUUUGACAGUUUCAAAUGUAACUCAGCAAAAUUAUUUUGCUGAAAGAUCUGGGGUUGUACGAGAUUCAGGAAUAUAAUGUAUUAUUGUUGUAUUUAAUGAAUAUGCUGAAGGAGUUUUGAUCACCACGUAUUCUGAUUAGUUGAUUCUGUGGCACUCAGCGAGGGUGAGAGUUGCCCGUGAUACAGGUUAGCAGCAGGUACACUUAACUCUUGUAAAGGGUAGGCAAGUAACUGCCUAAUGGGCAUUUCUAAGCUGCAUUCAAGCUUCAGUAAGGGAUAUUCAAAAGUGUUUGCAUUUUUAUUUGAUUUUUCUGCAGGCUUGAGACUCUGGGAUUCUAAAGGUUUGACAGGAAACUCUGGGGUUCCACCAGAGAUUCAGCAUUGUGCAAUUCACAUCAGAGGAAUCAGCUAUUAACUUUUUUUUAAAAGUAAAAAUGUACUUUUGAAAUGCGUUGUUUGACUUUUGCUGAUUCAUUGGAAAUCUUGGAAAUUUGGAUGACGCUGAAGAAGGUUCAAAAUUAACCGUGUAUUGAAUGAUGGAGAUUCUGAUUGUGUUGGCCAUUGGCCAUUGGUUCUGCUUAAGUGAUAUACUUAGUUCAUCAGUCAUUAGCUGGUGGUUUCCUAUGAAUUAGAACUGAUGAAAGAUCAUUGACUUGAAAAGUGAACUGCUUCUCUCUCUCCAGAGAUGCUGUUUUUUCCAGCAUUUUUUUUCUUUCAGAUUUCCAGUGUCAACAGUUUUUGCCUCAAAGCAUUUGUAUAAAGUAGUUAUUUCUCUAAAAAAAAAUAACGUUAGAUCUUUUAUUUUAGUCUAUAACUGCUUGUCCUUUUAUGUAAAAUUCUGAACCCACUUUCAAAAUUGAAUAUUUUGGCUAGUGAUUUUUUUCUUUUACUUAUUAAAUAUUUGUCCUCAAAAGCUCAGUUUGUUCCCUUUUUCCUUAAAGGCCAUUCAAGUUACCGGUAGCCAAUUUUGCAUCCUCUGUGGGACUGACUGAAAUGGGGACCUAUCAUUGUUGGCAAAUUCAACCUUGUAGCAACUCAUUGUUAUAAUUUCCAUUUCCUAAUUUAAAACUUUACCAGAAUGAAAAAAUGCAGUAUUUGUUGCUUUAAAAAAAGAGGGCUGAUGUUGGGCAAACUACGAAUAAACUAAAUUAUCCUUGGAUGACCAAACUUUGCAAGAAAAUUGUCUGUCUUGAGUACAAGCAUCCAUUGGUAAGCAUGUUAUUGAUAAAGAACAAACUUGUGAAAAUUUCUCAGUGAGAAUAGGUGUUUUGUUUGUAUAGCUUGUUUCCGAUUUGUGCGGUAUACUGAAGAUUGCACUCUUCAAUUCAAAAGGUGAGAUUACAGUUACCUGUAAGUAAAAGACAUCAUAAAUAGCAGUACAAAACUUGUCUUUUAAGAGUGAAUACCAAAAAUAUUUUAAAAGUUACACUCCAACCUAUCAAUGAUAAGCUUGUUUUAGAAUUUCCGGUACCAUUCAAUUCAUUUUAAUUCCAUUUAUACAAACAAUGUUCAUGUGUCACUGCAUAGCUGUAACUGUGAAAUCUGAAUAGAAUUAGAGUGAUGCUUCUGAUUACUGCUUGGUCUGGUGUAGGAUUCUUUUCAAGAUGUGUGAAAAGGGCCAAGAGCCUUUGCAUCUUUCAAAAAGAAAAGAUUACACUAUUAGUACCUCACUUUUAAAAAAAUUUCUUCCCCCCUCUGAAAGCUUUUAAUCCAUUUGGGAAGUAAUUGACCUGGUAGGCUUCCAUAAGUAUCUUGACUAAGGAGCUUUUUUUGUCAGUGAAGUGAACUGUGAGCAGUUGUACCAUUCUGACUGAAAUGCACAAACUCAACUUGCUUGAUCUUCUGAUUUGUAUAAAUCUGCUUUUGAUUUCUAUCAGGUGAACUGUAUUUUCUUAAAAUUCUUAAAUUGAAUGUGAAUUAACAUGCAGUUAAAAUGUGAUAAGAUUCAUUGAAGGCACCUUUGUUAUCUCUAAUUUGGUGAAUUUCUCCUUCCCGGUACAAGCUGUGAGUUGGUCAUCAGUUGACAUUUUAACACAUGUCAUUGUUAAUGGAAAUGAACAAAAAUAAGUUUGUGGCAGUAGAAUUUUGGAAACUUAUGUUCUGCAAGAAAACUGAAUAUCUUUACAAUCUGAGUUACAGAGCUUUGAGAUGAGUGAAGGAUAUUCUCAUACAGUUAUCGUAUUUAUCCCAUAGGAAAACUUUCUGUAACUUUUAAAAAAAAAUGAAUUCAAUGUAUGAUUGUAUUUGUUGGCCCACUUGAUAAUUCUGGCUGUUUUAAUAAUACUGACCAGAAAUGACCAAUUCAUUUGAUUUGUGCACAUCUGAUGUCAUGAGUGCACUCAAAGCCCAUAACCAGCAAGGAUUUAUUUAUUGUGAUUCAUUCCUGUCUGGUUGUUAAUUUUGUAUAAAAGUGCCUACGAUACCCAGCCUAGAGAUCAGGAUGAAUUCUAGGUUUGUGUUCAAUUUUCCAAUCUUGGGUGGAAGGUGGUUCGUGGCAUAGUUGACUUUUAAGGUCCUGGAAGGGGAGUGUUAACUGUGCUUCCUGCUCUUUAUUUAAUGACCCAUAAUGAACAAGCAUGAGGUAUAUGAAGAUUGGGUACAGUUGGGAAGUGCAAUUAAUUUAGGAAUGUCUGAUUCGGUGCCAGUGUAUGCAUUGAAUCAUUGUUUCUUUGUACAUUAGUUAUAGGUCACCUGUAACUUGGAGUUUUGAGUUCUAAUUUAAGUUGAUGGGAUGAGUGUUUGUUGUCAGUUCAAAAUAAGCUUGAGGUUCAAGGUAUUUUCCAGUUUUUGUGCCUCCUCUCCCUCCCCUGCAGUAAAUUAUCCACAAUUCAGCAUGGUUGGCAAUAAUUGAAGAGAUGUGACGUUGGAAUGACAGGUGCCAUGUGGACUAGCAGUGGUAGACAAGCCAUGCUAUUUCUGACCUCAUUGUUUUCUGCUGUUGGGUGGAAGAUAUUUCAUUUACUAUAUUAAAAUGUCCCACUUCGUGAACAUCCAUGACCUUUUAUAUUUAAAAGAAAGGGGCAUAGAGGUUCGGUUUGUGGCCUUGUCAAAGGUUGUAGUUUAGUUAAUGGCAGCAUUAAUUAGUGCAGUAAAUUAGGAAGUCAGUAUUUGAAUAGAAGGGGUACCAUGCUUGCUAAAUUAUAAAAUCAGUAAUAUUCUGAACUUGAUGCAUCAAAUUGUAUCCAUGGAUUUUUUUUUUUGCACUGUUUUUGGCUUGUUAGUAAUAUUGAUAAUGACAUUGUUUUGAAGUCUGUGAAAAUUUUGGAAGAUCCAAUGCCUUUUUGUCUAUCUCCAUAAUUAAGUCCCAUGGUGUUGAGGGUGACAUGAUUUGGAUCCUAUGACUUGAUAUGACAACUAAUUAUGCUGGACUUCGAACAUUGUGGAGAGGGUAUUUUGGAAAUAAGACUGAGAAAGCUAUAUGUAAAAUGAUGCAGAAGGGAUCUUUAAAAUACAACCUGACUACUUCAGUUAGCUCUGAUAUCUUCUAUUGUAAGGUUAAAUUAUUGCCUUGUUACUGCUUGCACCCUGUAGUGCAAUUGACUUAUCCAGUAGCUAAAUGUAGCAGACAGCUUAGUCUGGGUGAAAGGUCAUAACCAUAUGGAAUGUAUAGACAUGUAUCAUAUUGUGUUUUAAGAUUUUUUUGGGAAGUGAUGGGGUGGGAAUGACUCCAGCUAUGGAUAAAUAAUUGUAACAUAUGGGCUUAUAUCUGCUAAUGUGCCUAAUUUCUCAAUAUCUGGAUAAGUGGUAAAGCACCUAAUUUGGUGCCUGUAUAUCUUAGAAAAUCACAGGCAUGUAGCUUAAUUUUUUUUUUGUUGCUUGCAAGGCAGUCACCUUUCUGCUGGCUUGGACUCAAAAUUUGACAAACUGUAAGUACCAUCAGAGGGGGAAAGAAUUUCUUUCAGAGGAUGAAAUGAUUCUUGUGCUAUUCUCUUUCAACAGGACAAAAUUUGUCCUAUUAGUAGAAGCGUGUUGAUGUGUUUCAGCUGGAACCCUUUUUGACCAUCUAUUUCUAUUUGUCAAUGUUUUGUACAUCUGUAUUUUUAACUAACUUUUAUUGGUGUCAUAAAGGAUUAUUUUGAGAUUGAUUUGAGAUGGGGAAGGAUAUUUUAAAAUAUUGUACUUGGCUUUACUAGGGAAGUCAAUACCAUGAAUGCAGGUUGGAGAUGUAAUGUUCAGAUUGACAAAAACACAUUAUUCAGAAUUUUGCGUUUAUUUCCCAUUUCGUACCAUUUCACUUAUCCUCUUUACUCCUUUUUGAAGAGGAAGCAGGAAUCUGUGGUAUUUCUUCCUGCAACAGGGUACAAUGCAAGGAUAAUUCUGUAUACACUGUAACAACUGUUUUGUUUUGCUGUUUAUAUAUUUUGUAAAUAUAAGCAAUACAUGGUUAUCAAAUGGGUUGUUAAGACCUUCUGGUGGAUUUUGGUUGUGAGUAGCAAUUUUUGUCUUUAGUUUUUAAAGAUGAAAAAUUCUAUGACAUGGGAAUAGAGGGAAGUGAAGGUAUAUUUUUUUAUUACUUAAGUCUUUAUUCUCAGUUGAGAACUUUUAAAAUUAAGUACGUGUAACAUUUAGAAAAAUGUGGAUUAUUUUUGUAAAAUUGUAUUGCUGAAUGUUCAAAGGAUAAAUUAGACACUUGCAAAGAAUUGCAGGACACUUCUUACAUUCACAGUGGUUUUGAGUAUGUUCAGAGUUUUUUUAAAUGAGGUUUUUUUUGAUUUUUGAAGCAGAAAUGCUGCCUGUAGUGGUUGAUAUUGUCAGACCUGCUCUGAAUGUAUAUUUUUGGAGUGAAUGUAAUGUCUUCAAGGCAACAUCAGCAUUUGAAAACAGGAUGAUUAUGGAGAGUAGGACACUAAAAAUUAAAACUGGUUGCUUAAUGUUUAUAGUAGUACUUUCCUCUUGUUUAGUAUUUUCUGUUCAUUCUGCCCAUGGCUACUAUUAAAAAUUAAUAUGAAUGUGUUCUAAACUUCAUCACAUUGCUUGUAUUUGUGCAAUGCAAACAAAGUAUGCACAGUAGAGUAGGUAUUGAUUCUGUGCUUUUCCAACAGGACCUCAGUGGGUCUAAAUGUUAUAAUUACCAUUCCUGAGAGUCUGGUUUUUAUUCUUUUGACAUUGACUGUUGCUGCCAAGGAUGGCAUCUGUUAAUUAUUCCUGGUUUUCCUGGUGAUGUACUACAUAAGACUUCUGGUGUGCUUGCAGUGAAGAUAUUUGCACGGAAGAAGUGUUGUUUAGUUAGGGUCAAAAGGUGGUGGUGAUAGUAUCACUGGGUCAACAUUCUACAAUGACUAUUGUCAGAACUCGAGUGAUUUAGGUAUGGUCCAAAACAGUCUAUUUGGAAACCAUUAAGCACCCACUUUCAAUUUAUUCUCCCCACAUUCCCAUCAACCUACCAGAUUCUGCCACUUCUCUACACACUAGGGACAUUUUAGUGGCCAAUUAACCUACCAACCUGUAUAUCUUGGAGGAUAUGUGGGAGGAAAUCAAAGCAUACAGAGGAAACCAAACCCAGGGAGAGCAUGCAGACAUUGAACUUGAGUGAUUGGAGCUGUGAGGCAGCAGCUCUAUUAGCUACAUCACGGUAAGAUAUUUCAAGAUAGCAUGCCAGUGCUUUUGAAUGUAAAAUUCUAAUUGUUUUACAAUGGUUAUUAGCUCUCAUUUAAGCAAUUUCAAUAUACCAUGUACAAUACAAACUUAAAAUGCCCAGUCAGAUAUCAAAUGUUGGUUUCCUUUUUAUUUCAUAAGAAACUAUAUUAUUGGAAGCUGGUAUCUAAUCUGCCAUAAUGCUAUAACAAUUGGUUAAACUAUCUGAAUCCCUUUUAACCUGUCUAUGCAAUGGUUUAAUCUUUUUAAAGGAGAACCUAACAAAGGGUUUAAGUGUUGAUAAAGUACAUGGUGUUUUUUUUAAAAUAUAUAUUUUAAAAUCCUGAUUCUUUGGAUGGAGGACUGAUGGAAUUGCUCUAACAUGGGAGGCCUAUAAGAAUGAGAUUUUUGGAUAUUGGAAUAUCAUAAGGUGGCACAAAAGUGUGAUGGUGAUGUUAGAGCAGAUAUGUGCCAUUGAAUUGCCUACUGAAAUUUCUAUUUCGUUCCUGAGUAUAAAGGCACUCAAGGAACUUUGUUCCAGAUAAUAAGCCACUUUAUUUUUAUACUCCUGUACAAAUUGUUAAAAUAUCUUUAAUCAGUUGAUUGACCAUAACCCAAAUGUUUGUCCUUGUUUAUGUCCCUCACUCCUGCUGUCCAUGCUGGCAAAGUACAUGUAUCAACUAUUGUUGAGGAUUGAGCCUUUUAUGAUUCAUGAACCACCUUGCAUCCUGGCUAGCUGCUAUCAGGUGAUUCAAUUUAUGCUGUCUUAGUGUACUGCUGUAUAGUUGUUCCACUGCCUGGGUGCUGUGUAUAAUGGGCUUAUUCUGCGAUCUUAAGUUUGGAGGAAGAAUUCAUUUAUGUCUUUUAAUUAAAUACUGCAGAGAAAACUGUGUUGCACUCGUAUCAUUGAACCGUGAAUUUAAAAGUAGCCCCAUUUUAUGGAGAUCCCUUUUUAAAAAAAGUAAUUAAGCACUAUGCACUCUAGUCCCAAUGUUUCUGACUAUUGCCAUUGUACUAUCAAGCAUGAGUCCCCUGGGCACAAUCAUAGGAAUGCAACUUGUGAUUUCUGAAUGUUAAUUUUAUCCAGGGUGCAUAACAUCUAACUGCUAUUUCCCACUGGGAUCACAGAAUCAUCUCAUAUUCUGCUUGCCAACAUGACAGAUUAAAACAUGAUACCACAAAUAUUGAAUGAUCAGUUGCAUUUAAUUUUGAUGAGAGCAUUGGGAUUUAGCAGCUUGGCUGUGCGUUAAGUAGAAGGGCAAGAAUGGCUUUGAUGUAUCCAGUGUUAAAUGGCUAUGUAACAGACCUAAAGGGAGAUAAUGAAGUAAGACUACUUUGUCAGUACAUGGAACUUACUGCUCUUGAAUGAUGUGUCCAAGCAGCAGGAGACCAGGAGGGGUGCAGGAUGGAUGGCAAAAAGCUAUAGCAAUUUAUUUUCUUGAUUAAAACAUGAAUAAAAUCAGGUCAUUUGCUGCUUCCACCUGAGCAAACCUGUAAAAGAUAUAGAACUGUUCAGUUGCAUUGAUACCUACAUUUGACGAUUACAUUGGUGCUGUCUCCUGCACAACUUGUCAAUUUUAUCACCUUCACUACAAACUUGCACCCAAAUUCACUUAGGCCAUUUCUGACACCUGUCUCCCUCUUCUGGAUUGUUCUGUCUCCUUCUCAGAUUAAUUACUGACAUUUACAAUAAAACUCACUCACUCCACAGGCCUUUCUCCACAUCCCUUGUUCUGCUUGCUGCAAUAGGAUCCCAUCACCAAUCAUAUUGUUCCCUACCCUCUCCCAUUUCUGCUUUCCAGGUGGACCAUUUUCUCUGUGACUUUGUUCAUCCCUGACAUUUUUCCCUGCACCUCAUCACCAUCCAGGACCUACACUUGAUGUGGACUCCUACAUCGAUGAGAUCAAACGUAGACUAGGUGACUCUUUUGCAGAACACCUACAUUCUGUUCUCUUAGGUCAGUGUGGGGAGUUGAAAUGGCACUCAACUAUCAGUCCUCAAACUUUUCUACUUCCAGGGUGAGGUGCAACACAGAGCAGUACCUUGUCGUCUGGGUAGUCUACAACCCAAUGGUAUUAACAUUGAAUUUUCCAACUUCAGGUAACCCACAACUCAUUAUGCUUCCAUCUGGUCCCACCACACACUCAGAUUCUGUUCCAUCUGCCUAUCCCUCCAACUUCUGGUUCUCUUAUCCCCUCCCCCAUUUAGUUCUACCUGCCCCUCAUUCCUCCCUUAUCUGGUCCCACUUAUUACCUUCCUAAUAAGAUUUCAGCAUCUGCAAUUUUGUUUCCAGCCUGUCUCCAUCUGCCCUGUUUUUUUCCCCCUUUGUUUCCAGCUAUCACCCACCAGUUGCUGUCUCCUGGAUUCCACUCUUUCCCCCUCCUACCUCCAGCUGUCCAUCAAGUCCCUCCUCAUCUGGUUCCACCCAUCUCCUUCCUCACCUCUCAUCUCCUAAUACUGGUCAUUACCCCCAUCCUGAUGCAGGGUCUCAACCCAAAACAUUGACUUUCCCUUUGCCUCCAGAGAGAGUGCUUGACCCACUGAGUUCCUCCAGCAGUUUUUUUUUUGCUUCUAAAUUCAAGCAUCUGCAGUCUUAGUCUAUAGAAUUGGAAAGCUGUUUCUGAGAUCCAAUAGGAAG